AUGCCUAUGCGUAUACCACAACCGAUACAGAUUUGGCUCAAUUCAAUACAUCACCAUAGGAAGUUAAAAUCACAGGAUGUUUUAACGCUGCCAGACACAUAUGAUGAUGAUACAAUUGAUAAUAAUCCUUUAUUAAUCGGUGGACUGGAAAAUUUACUACUUGAAAUGAUACCUAAUAUUAGUUGUAAACCAAUAAUUAAGGACGGAGCAAGUCACGUUGCUCAGUGGAUUUGUGAAAACCUAAUUAUGUUAUAUGAUGAUAUCGAUUGCAUGAAUAACACUGACAAAACUAGUCAACUAGACGAUCAGGAUUCUAUGUAUGAUGAUUCAAAGCUGGUGACAAUUGAGUUGUUACCACAAUUGUUUACGUUUAUUUCUGUCUAUUAUUUUUACCUGAACCAGUGGAGUCUCAUUCACGUAAAUCAAUAA